AUGCUACACCAUCUCCAGCUGGCUCUUCACUUGUCAAAAUUUGCGGAGGGCUUCAGCAACAACGAACGCCAAGCAGCUGCUAGGGCACUGCUUAGGCAUGACGUGCAUAUUGAUGGUACUCAUUAUCAGACGAGGACACCUAAGGGUCUUCACCCAUCUUACAUUGCAUUCAAUCCUCCCAUGGAACAGAUGGACAAGAGGACUCUCACACAAGACGACCUACUAGAAGCGGGGCUGCAGGACAUAUUUGAUGUGGUUAACUUACAAGAUCGCCUCAAUGGCAGCAUCUCACUCAUUAUCCGCUGUGCAGGUGUGGCAGUAGGUCCAACAUUCUCGCCUGAGAAAAUCCCUUUGGACAUCUAUAUUACUCCCCACGAGUUGCAAGCGACACCUGAGCGCAUUGGUGGAGAUGUUGCUGUUUGGGCGCAAGUGUUUGCUCAGGAGUUUGCCAUCCCUCAUCUCCAGUGUUUUUCGCAAUGUUGUGCUAUCGAGAAGGUCACCCCACCCAAGUGCUGUAAGUUAUCCAUCAUACUACUCUAUCGUACAUCACUAACUCAAUUGUAA